AUGAAUAGUGAUGAAAUAUUAUCUGUAGUAGCUGAUAUUGGGAAUCUUUAUACUAGAGUAGGAUUUACAGGAGAUGAUUUUCCUAGAUGGAGUACCUUUACAAAAUGUACAGAAACAUUUUAAUUUGGUGAUGAAGCUUUGGGUGUAGGAAAUACAUAAUAAAUUCUUGAUAUUCUAUAACCAUUUAAUUCAGAUCUUUAUGAACAACUUUUAUCUAAGAUAUAUGAGAAAUUAUAUGUAUAACCUAAAGAUUAUAGUCUCUUAUUAGCUAAUAACUUUUAAUCAAAAUAAGAUCUCUAAAAAGUGAUUGAAAUAUUAUUUGAGAGUAUGGAGAUUCCAAAUUUCUUUACUAUUAGAAAUGCUGUUUUAGCUACUUUUUCAGCUGGUCGAUCUACAGCAUUAAUAUUAGAUAUAGGAGCCUAUUCUACAACUGCAUCAGCUGUACAUGAUGGAUAUACAUUAUUAAAAACUUAAUUAUAAGCACCUAUUGGAGGAGAAUAACUUAAUGAACCUUUUAAAUAAUAUAUUGUUGGGGAAUAUAAUUAAUUCAAAAAAACAUGUUAAGCUAGAGAUAUUAAAUAAUCACUUCUUACUUAUGAAACUAUUGAUACUAAUCCAUAAUAUGAAUUACCAGAUGGUAAAUUUAUAUCAAUAUAAUAAUCUUAAUUAUUAGAAAUUGCAGAUAAAUUAUUUUAUAAUAAUGAAAACUUUAAAGGUAUUUAACAUAUGUUAAUGGAUAUCAUAAAUAAUUCUACAAAUGAUAUUAAAUAAUUAUUAUCAUCAACUGUUAUUUCAACUGGUGGUUCUUCAAAUAUUCCAGGAUUUUUAAAUAAAUUAUAGACAACUUUAUCUGCUCUAGCACCACCUAUGUGUAAAGUCAAAUUAGUAAUGUAUCCAACAAAUGUAUAAAAUAUAUAUAUAUAUUAAUAUAGUAAAAUAGAUAUCACUCUGUAUUUAUUGGAGGAUCAAUAUUAGCUUCACUUAGUUCAUUUUAAUCACUUUGGGUUGCAAAAAGUGAAUAUUAUGAAUCAGGAAAAUUCAGUAUUAUUGAAAGGAAAUGUCCAAAUUGA